GUUAAGGAGAUGUGGGACAUGUUGGAGGUAACACAUGAAGGAACAAGCCAAGUGAAGGAGUCAAAAAUCAAUAGACUCAUUUACAUGUAUUAGCUUUUCAAGAUGAAACCGGAGGAGAGCAUUCAAGAUAUGUAUACAAUAUUGAAUGAUAUAGUCACCAAUCUCAAGGCUCUUGGUAAAGUCUAUCCUUCUCAAGAAGUGGUGAGGAAGGUUCUUAGAAGCUUGCCCAAGAAUUGGGAAGCCAAGAAGACCACAAUUGAAAAGUCUAAGGAUCUCAACACUCUCAAGCUUGAAGAUCUCAUUGGAAAAUUGAUGACAUAUGAAAUAGAAGUUCAAGUUGAUUGUGGAGUUGAAAUAGUUGAGAAGAAGAAGAAGAAUGUUGCUUUCAAGGCUAGCAACCAAAAGGAAGAGAGUGAAGAUGAUGCUAGUAAUGAUGAGUCUAUCAAUGAGGAGGACAUCACCAAAUUGGUUUCAAAGGAAGUGAAGAAAUAUAUGAAAAAGAGCCUCCAAGGGACAUCCUCUAGAAGAAACAAGGAAAUUCACUAUUCUAGAGGAAGAAUAUGUAGUGAUGAUGAUGAUAGAGGAAAGCCAAGCAAGAAGUAUAUCAAAUGCUAUGAGUGCAACAAGAUGGGGCAUUUUAGAAAUGAAUGCCCUUAAUUGAAGAAGGGUGAAAGGAAAAACAAGAAGAGCAUGAAGAAGAAAGCUUUUACCACCACUUGGAGCAAUGAUGAGACUAGCUCAACGGAAAGUGAAAGCUCCUUGGAGAAUGGUAUUGCAAAAUCUUUGCUUCAUGGCUCAAGAGGAUAGCAACAAUGAUGAAGAGGUAAACUCCAACUUCUCUAGUUCAAUUAAUGAAAGUUCCUUUGAGUA